AUGGGACCAGACGAGGACAUAGAAGUGGUCACUGGCAUGAGACGGUCACUUCUCGAGCUUCCGAACGAGAUCCUCCAACGUAUCGCAGGCUUCCUUCCCGCGGAUCAGGAUCUCAGAAAUCUCAAUCUGGUUUGCAGAGAGCUCCGAGACCGCGUGCUAGCACCGGAAUCAACCCUCUGGAGGACUCGCUUUAACGAAAAGUACGAUCUCCCCAAGGGACGAAACUACGCGGAGCUCAAAAUGGAAUACCAGACUCGCGCUAUAGUACUUCCCCAGACCAUUGAUUUCAGACAAGAAGCCAGUGAGCACCAAACCCUUUGGCUCGAGGUUCUGCAGGGAAUGCUCCUUGAGUCUCUUACCCUACCACUGAGAUCUGAUGUAUCCAAGACGUACGAGCGAAUCCGGGAGACUCUGACGAAGAGUGACUUGCUGGAGCAUCCAUGGAGGGAGGAUCCAUCGGAGCGUUUCUGCACAGUUCAACUGUGCCUUACUUCUCUGGCUUUGACCCUCGAUCCUGCGGAUGCAACCACCCCAGCAGUCAGGAACAAAUGCACCCGGUCCAAAUACGAUAUCGCGACUGUAUACUCCCAUGAAGACAAGCUCGAUGGUCCAUUUAUAGACCACGAGAAUCUUGAUCUGGCCCCCUUGCUACACAUCCGAAGCUUUUGGCAACGCCAUCUCUUGAACAAGGCAGAACAGACUUACCAUGAGUCGUUCGCCAGGCUAGCCGAAGCAUUGAGACCGCAAGCUCGCAAGGCCAACGGCGAUUCGUCAAUCCUGAGCGUUUCCUGGCUCGGAUACUAUUCAUGCCUUCAUCCAAUGCCCGCUAGUCGCAAGGAUUUCGAAGACCAAGAGACCUGCGCCGAUCUCCGAGGCGAUCACUUAACCCAAGUCGAGAUCAUGACCCUAGACCUCCACAUCGAACCAGACAAACCCUUCUGGCCAGACCAAUGCAAGCGCAUCAUCCCACUCCACGACGGCCCCAACACAAUCCGUACAUACUUGCGCGGCACCCAGUCAACCCUCAACGGCGAUCCCGCCGACAACCCCGUCUUCGGAUUCACCGAGACUAUAGCGCGUCCUUACGGCGGGUUCCCCGGAUGGACGCGCAUUUGUUUCGCUAUCUGCGAAGAAUCCGAUGACAUCAGCGACCAGGAUGAUGAAAUGGCGAUGGUUGUCGAUGCUGAUGAUGGCUCGGAUGAUACUUAUCGUUGGGUUCAUGGAUAUGAGGGUGUCAUUUUGCCUGGGGGUCGGAUUAAGCUGGGUCGUUGGAUGGACCUCAAGAACAUGGAUGCGAGUGGCCGGGGACCGUUUAUUUUUUGGGACGUUUGA